AUGAACCGAAUGGAGGAUGAAAAGAAGAAGAAGAAAAAUAAGAAAAAGAAGAACAAGCCGACAAAAACAGCAGACAGUGUUAUUGUGAGUGUCAUAGAAUCGACCUCUGUUGAUGAGUAUCAUGCCGCCGAGAAUGGGCAGAGUAGUUUUGGCCAAGUUUCUGAGGCUGCAGAUUUUCAGAAUGAUGUUGUGAGAAAACCAGUCGUGGAUCUGGAUGCACAUCAUGCCAAUGACACUAAGGACGUAAGUUUCUUAUUAAAUCAAAAUGAAGUAUUGCUCCGAAAUCAAAGUAAGUUGGCAGUGUAA